UGGUACACGUUUUUUUUUUUACUACUACGAUUGGAGUCUGGACUAGACUGGACUGGACUGGACUGGAUUGUUAUGAUGAGAGGAUAAAGAAAAGGGCGGGGGACAGGCGGGAAAGAGGUUGCCCGCCCACUUCUUGUCAUGUGGCAACUACCACAUGUGGGUGGGUUGGUUGGCAAGAACGGGUUUUGUAUACUACUACUACACAGCGACUACAGUACCGGCGGUACCUGGUAUUUAUCCGCGACGCAUACUUGGUAUCUAUCCGCGACGCAACGCGAGACGGGCAGACCGGCUUUGGCUUGGCGUUGGUCGACAGACACCCUCACAUAUAUCUUUUGAGGGGACAUCUUGUGUUGUUGGUUGGGGAACGGGCGCUCUCGGUUACGGUAUUAUCAUUAUUAUCAUAAUCAUACACGCACACACGACACUCCAGGCUACAGACAGUAUCUCUGUAUGGCUUACGAGAUGCGGCGAGCACGGUGUUGGCGGACUGGGUAGAUAGGUGCUGGGUAGGUAGGUAAUCAACACGCGAAUAGGCGUCUUUAUAUGAAUAAUAGCAUAUGAUAU